AUGGGCGAAAAGUCUGAUUAUGAGUCCCUUAAAAGCCUCUCAUCAAGAGCUAUAAGAGCCUCCGAGUUAAUGGACAACGCCAGAAUCCUCACCUACGUUAGGCACGAUCCACGAAGCGUAGCAACGCGGCCGCAGAGCAUCGCCAACAUGUCCCACGCCAAGAAGGGCAUCAUCAGCACCAACGAGACGGACAGGGCCGUGUCGAUAUGGCGCCUCGGCUUCCUCCUACAGCUCGAGGAUAAUCGCCUUAGACAGCAUUAG